CACGCAGAGGGAUGCAGAGCAGCUGCAGAUCGUCAACUAUUUUUUGUUGAACUCCCACAUUCUUGCCCUUCUUCAUUGUGCGACUUCUAACCGUCAGACUUUUAAGAAAGCGUUUAAUCAAUUAACAGGAAGCGUUGGCACUCUGGACGGUAUUCGUGAGAAAGAAUAUUAGGUAAUCAUGGAGGAAGACACCGAAUAUUUGAAGUUACCUGUUGAAGAUCGUUGUGUCCAUAAGUUAUGGAAAGCACGUAUGAACGGUUAUGAAGAGGCAGUUAAACUUUUUAAUAAAAUAGAUGACGAGAAAUCUCCUGAGUGGAACAAGUUUUUAGGGCUGGUGAAAAAGUUUGUAGUGGAUAGUAAUGCAGUGGCUCAAGAAAAAGGCUUGGAAGCAACUUUAGCUUUUGUGGAAAAUUGCGGCUCAGCUGGAAAAACUGCGAGUGAUGUUGUUGCAAGUAUUGUGGCAAAGAGUAUUGCAGCUCCUAAAACAAAAACUAGAGAGUUAUCACUCCAGAUAGUCCUUAUGUAUGUUGAAAUUGAAAAGCAGGAGGCAGUUCAGGAAGAACUGAUAAAGGGCAUGGAUCAUAAGAAUCCUAAAAUAGUAUCAGAAUGUAUUUCAGCUGUCACAACGUCUUUGAGAGAGUUUGGCCCAAAAGUAAUAAAUAUCAAACCUCUGGUUAAGAAGAUGCCUGCACUUCUUGAAGACAGAGACAAGACUGUCCGUGACAAUGGCAAAGCUAUGGUUAUUGAGAUGCACAGAUGGAUUGGAGCUGCACUUAAGCCCCAACUAUCAUCUUUAAAACCUUUACAGGUGACAGAACUAGAAGCAGAGUUCGAAAAAAACAAGGAUGAAAAGGCAGCCCCAACUCGGUAUCUGCGUUCCCAGCAAGCCAAACAGGCUAAAGCUGCUGCUGAGGCUGCCGAAGCGGGUGAAGAUGGGGAAGAUGAAGAUGAUACAGAUGCUGCUGUCGAAAUAGAUCCAUAUGAAAUAAUGCCUGCUGUGGAUAUCUUAUCUAAGCUACCAUCUUCGUUUUAUGAGAAGGUUGAAGCUAAGAAGUGGCAGGAGAGAAAAGAGGCUGUAGAUGAAUUGGAUUCUUUACUUCAGAAGUCACCAAAACUUGAAAGUGGAGACUAUGGCGAUUUGGUGCGAGCUCUCAAGAAGAUCAUUUCCAAGGACUCAAAUGUUAUUGUUGUAACUGUUGCUGGAAAAUGUCUGGCUAGUUUAGCCAAUGGCUUAAAGAAGCGGUUUUCCCCUUAUGCUUCUGCCUGCAUUCCAGCUCUAUUAGAGAAAUUUAGGGAAAAGAAGGCUACCGUUGUUGCGGCAAUUCGAGAUGCGAUUGAUGGGGUGUACUUAAGUACUACCAUUGAAAAUAUUCAAGAGGAUGUUUUGGCAGCACUUGAAAACAAAAAUCCGUCUGUUAAAGCAGAAACUGCUGCAUUUUUAGCUCGUUGCUUUACAAAAUGCACCGCUAUCAUGCUCAAUAAGAAAUUGCUGAAAAGUUAUUCUACAGCACUUAUCAAAGCUUUAAAUGAACCAGACCCGUCUGUCAGAGACAAUGCAGCAGAAGCUUUAGGAACUGCUUUGAAAGUGGUCGGUGAAAAAGCUCUCAUGCCGUUCGUUAGUGAUGUUGAUAAUUUGAAGAUGGCCAAGAUUCGAGAGUGCUGUGAGAAAGCUGUUAUUGUAGCUAAGCCUGCUAAGUCGGCUCCUACUGAGCGACCCAGCACAGCUCCAGCCAAAGCAAGUCGUGGGAAAGAACCUUCACCACCUGCACAGGCUGGAAGCACUGCCCCAAAGCCUGUGAAGCGCCCUGCUACUAGCGGCGCACCAGCUCGUAAAGGAGCACCCUCUGCUUCUGCUCCUGCUUCUAAAAAAGUUGCAGCCAAAAACAUUAAGGAAAGCAAGUUGCCUCAAGAAAAAGAUUUAAGUCAAGAAGAGAUUGAUGAGAAGGCAUCUGAAUUAUUUUCUUCAGAGAUACUAAGUGGGCUUCUGGACAAUGUAUGGAAGAACCGUCUUGCAGCAGUUGAGGAGUUUGAUCGGACAAUUAAAAUGAUGGAAAAGAGUGAUGCUCAAACACAAGUUUUGGUUCGUACUUUACAUAAAAAGCCUGGUCUAAAGGACACAAAUUUCCAAGUUUUAAAAGCGAAGCUUGAAGCUGUGAAGUUCAUUGCUGAAAACUUCACUAUAACAACAAUUACAACUAGCUACAUAUUAACUGAUGUAGCAGAAAAACUUGGUGAUGCCAAAAAUGGUACUGUUUCUGCUGAAGUGUUGACUGCUUUGGCUGAAGCUACGAAAUUGGAUCAUGUUGCCACAGAAGUUAUAGAUUAUGCUUUUAACAAGCAAAAGAGUCCUAAAGUGCAGCAAGAAGCUCUCAACUGGCUUUCGCAAGCAUUGCUUGAAUUUGGGUUUGUUGUUCAACCCAAAGCUCUGAUUGAAAAUGUGAAGAAAGCCUUUUCAGCAACAAAUCCAGCCGUCAGAACCUCAGCCAUUUCACUUUUGGGCACACUUUACCUUUUCAUGGGGCCUCAGCUUGCUUUGUUUUUUGAAAAUGAAAAACCAGCAUUAGUUCAGCAAAUAAAUGCGGAAUUUGAAAAGCACGCUGGUGAGAAACCUCCUACUCCUACAAGAGGACUGGCAAAGGCCGUAGAGUCUGAUGCAGGAGAUGAUGGGGAAGCUGAAGCAGUUCAAGAAACAGUCAAUGUUCAAGAUUUGCUUCCUCGAGUUGACAUUAGUCCACAGCUUAACUCUGCUUUAAUCUCAGAACUAGCAGAUAAAAAUUGGAAGGUGAGAAAUGAAGCACUUCAGAAAGUAACCAAUAUACUGGCAGAGGCCCGAUUCAUCACUGGCAAUCUGGGUGAGCUUCCUCCUGUGCUUGCUCAACGUUUGGUAGAUUCAAAUGCAAAGAUUGCUGCCACUGCAAUCACUAUCUGUCAAACUAUUGCCACUGCAAGUGGUACAGCUUGCCGGCAGCAUACUCGCACAUUCUUUCCAGGACUGCUGCAGUGCAUGGGCGAUAGCAAGCAAUGGAUCAGGUCCUCAGCAGUUGCUUGCAUUAACACAUUUGGGGAACAAGGUAGUUUUAAAGAGUUCUUUGAGGGUGAAAUGAUAGCAGAUGCCUUGAAGAGUGGUUCACCAGCUCUGCGAGUAGAGCUGUGGAAUUGGUUAUCAGAACGCCUGCCAUUGAUUAAAGUGGUGCCCAAGGAUGAGUUAGUUGUUUGUCUCCCAUAUCUGUUUUCAAACUUGGAGGAUCGAAAUGCUGAUGUUCGCAAAAAUGCCCAAGAAGCUACUCUUGGUGUAAUGAUACAUGUCGGGUAUGAAGGUAUGCUUAAAGCUACUUCAUCCUUGAAACCUGGGUCUCGAAGUGUUGUUGUUCAACAUCUUGAUAAAGUAAGAGCUAAUUUGCCCGCCAAACCGGCUCCCACCAAAGCUAAAGGAAUAAGUGCCUCUCAUAGUGAUGAUCAACUUGCAACCAAAUCUGGGCCAAAGUCGGUUAAAUCCCCUAAUUCCAAAAUUGCCACUAUUUCCAGUGGCACUAAGACAAUCACCAAAUCAAAGCCGGGGUCUGCACCAAAACCUACUACCCGAAAGAAGGAUGAAGAUGUUGACACUUCCCCUCUUGUUCAAGUGAACAAUUUGAAAAAUCAGCGUUGCAUUGAUGAGCAAAAAUUAAAGGUCCUUAAAUGGAAUUUCAUGACACCUCGAGAUGAAUUUGUUGAGCUCCUACGAGACCAAAUGACUACAGCAAACUUUAAUAAGAAUCUCAUGGCUAACAUGUUCCAUGCCGACUUUAAGUACCAUCUCAAGGCAAUAGAUAUGCUUAUUGAAGAUCUACCCUAUAAUGGAAAAGCCUUGACUUGCAACUUGGACCUAAUUCUCAAAUGGAUGACUCUGCGUUUCUUUGAUACAAAUCCAUCAGUUCUAUUGAAGGGGUUGGAGUAUGUGCAGACAGUUUUUAACAUGCUGAUAGAGGAUAAUUACAGCAUGCUAGAAACUGAGGCUACCUCCUUCAUUCCUUAUCUUAUUUUGAAGGUUGGAGAUCCCAAGGAUGCUGUCCGACACUCUGUAAGAGCACUAUUUAAGCUAAUUGGUCAAGUUUACUCUGUUAGUCGUUUGUUCUCCCUCAUCAUGGAUGGACUUAAGUCAAAGAAUGCAAGACAGCGAACUGAAUGUUUGGAAGAACUUGGAUAUUUAAUUGAGAAUUAUGGAAUUACUGUAUGUGUACCAUCUGCAGCGGCUGCACUAAAAGAAGUCGCCAAACAAAUUUCUGACCGUGACAAUGCUGUUCGUAAUGCUGCCUUAAACUGCGUAGUGCAGGCUUAUUUCAUUGAAGGUGAGAAAGUCUAUAAAAUGGUUGGUAACAUAUCUGACAAAGAUAUGUCAUUGUUGGAAGAACGCAUUAAAAGGGCAGGGAAGAAUAAGACAGUGGCCCGACCAUCCAUUAACCCUGUCAGACCUUCAUUGGCUCCAACAUCUCAACCAACGCCAAUAUCUCCUCCGCGCAUGAAACUGGAAGUUAAGGAGGAGACGCCAGAACCUGAAGAAGAGGAAGAAGAGGCAAUUGAAAAUCAAGAGCCUAUUCCUGAGGUAAAACCAAGACCUGUGUCUGGUCCCUAUGGCCUGGAUAUGGACUUUAUUGAAAGAAUGGAGACUCAAAAACCUACAAGCAAUGCUCCAAAAUUAAUCAAUGUUGAUUUGUCUGGUUUGAUUGAAGGAUCAGAAAAUGUGAAAGAGUGCUCUCCUCUAAUGCUAAAAGGAAAUUCUAACAGAGAAACUCCAAGCAGGGUUAUGAAUGCUCUAAAUAUUCAGAAUUCUCCAAAACUUUCCCCUCUGCCUGACGUGCUAAAGGAUUUCAAUUUAGCCCGUUUCCAAAAGCAGACUCAGCCCAGAGAUCCAGUUGAAGAUCUUUUGGACCGUGCUAUAAGCCUCAUUGCUGGCCCUGAUAUGGACAAAUGUAAAGACACUUUAGUUCAAGUGGAGCAUGUGAUGAGGUCUGACAAAGUAAAUGUAUUGGUACCAAGAGUGGACCAGUUCAUGUCUAGUUGCAUCACUCAGUUGCGAACUGUGACGUUGUGCAAUACUGUUUAUUCUAAGGAAGAACAAACCAUGGUUUUGCGAGCGAUUUUUGGCACUUUGCAUACUUUUUAUAGCCAGCCCUUACUUGCCAAACAUGUGACUAUGACUGAUCUGAAAGAUUCUGUUCUGGUUAUGGUGAGGAUGUUAGCAGAGAAGCGCUUAGAUGGCUUGUCAGAUAUUGAUAAUUUUGUGCAAAUCGUUAACAUUCUUGUGAUGGUAAUAAUUGAUAAGGCUGAUCAUACUCGAGUAACAUGUGCUUUACUAAAACUUCUGCAUGAGUCUGUUGAAAAAGGGGAACAGUGGCCUGCCAAAAUGCAGGAAUUGAUCAUGAAAUGCAUUUGGAAAGUUGUUCGCUCAUUUCCAUCUUGGGAGCCUGAUAUUGAUUACGACCCCAUUAUGUAUGACAUUCACUGUUUCCUUCAAUCCUACCCAACCCGUAUGUGGAAACACAGUCAGUCUGAUGUGCCUUUGAGAACAGUGAAAACUCUCCUUCAUGCUAUGGUGAAACAAAGAGGCAAUAAAGUAUUACAUCAUAUGAAGUGUAUCAGUGAGCCUGCUGAUUCAGAAUUGCCGAUCUAUGUUAAUAAGUUUAUCAAAACUGUUAAACAAGAUGACCAGAAAUCAAAAGAAGAGAAGUCAUCAUCUCAGCAACGACUAUCAAAGGACACCCAUGAAAUAUUAGCAGAUAUUUUUAAGAAAAUAGGAUCUAAGGAACACACACAGGAGGGCCUGCGUCUUUUAUAUGAGUUUAAAGAGAAGCACUCGGACGCAAGUAUUGAGCCAUUCCUCCAGAAAUCUACUCAAUUCUUCCAAGACUACAUUCAGAGGAACUUGCAAGCCAUUGAACUUGAGCGUCGGCGACACGCUGGCAGCUCCACAUCUGCACUUAAACAUGCUGUUGGUGCCUCCAGCCCUUUCAAAGCUGUGGUUGAUAACGCUAGCAGUGUAUCUGAAGCAGAGGAGACGAAGGAUGCGUCAGUCGAUCCUAAAUACUACAUUGAAAGGUUGCGCACCCUGCAGCAGUGUGCUGGCUUUGACGAGGUGUCUAAUGCGUUGCCUACAGCAUCUGGGAGACAAGAAUUCACAAUGGAUUUAGAAACUCAACUUGGACUAGACCAGAACCUCAACUUCAACUCAGCUCUUGGAAACACAAAUGAGUUUACCAGCUCUCCACGAAGUGAGCUUUCAAACCGUGAGGCACUGCGCCGAAGACUAGAAGAAGUCAAAAGCUCAGCUAGAUAGAACAGUAACAUAACUACUACUUAUGUAUUCCCCCAGUGAUGUCUCAUCCCUUAUGCUAUUUAUUGUCAGCCUAUGACAUUUUUCUCAUGUAUGUUGAACUAGUAUUUACUUAAUGGUACCCCUCAGGUGAAUGUUACUAAUCUCCUUAGGCAAUUACCUUACGUUUUAGUGUAAAUUUGCCUGCCCUGUAAAAUUAGGCAGUUAAGCCUUGAUCUCAGGAGGUAAUUUCUCAUUUUAAUAACAGUUUUAAGCUCUUUUAAAUCUACCUUGUUAGAUGUGUUGUUACAAACUGCAGUACAUUGUCUGCUUUUAAAUGAAAUUGGUACUCAAAAAUAAUGUGCUGUGAUAACGAUAUUGUGAGUGUUUGCAAUUUUUAUUUAAAGAGUUUUAGAGUGCUGCUGAUUGCAAUAUUCCUACUUUCUGAGAAUCAAAUGACAAAUGAUCAAUUUGGUCUGUUGAGGUCACUUCUUUUAUUCAUUCAAUUGCCUUAGAAGCAAUAAAAAAAAGUAACGUUUUAA